AUUUCCAACGAAACCACGUCAAACACACCCACACACACACUCUCUCUCUCUCUCUCUCUCUCUGAACCGCCAAAAAACCAAACUCUUUUCGGUUUCUUUACUAAAAUCCAACUAACCAAACCAUUAGACAUGAAUGCUUUUGAUCCUCAACGGAGACAAGAUAAAACCUUUAAAAAGAGAUCAUUAUCAUCACCAUCACCGUCACCAUCGAGAUUAUUACUUUCAAACGCAACCCCUAAACCACCUUCUUCUCUUCCUCUCAUGGCUAAUUACUCUAGAUCAUUUCCCUGUCUGGAUGAUGACGAUCUUGUCUCCGCCGUGGUUCCUCCGGUCACUGUUGUUUUGGAAGGACGGUCAAUUUGCCACCGCAUCAGCCUCCACAAGCAUGCAAGCUACAAUAGUCUUGCUAUGGCUCUCCGGCAAAUGUUUGUCGAUGGCACUGGUGGUGACAUGGCGGCGGAGAUAGCAGAUAAUCUUGAUUUAACAAAUGCUGUUCCUGGUCAUCUUGUUGCUUAUGAAGAUAUGGAAAAUGAUCUCCUUCUCGCCGGUGACCUUAACUGGAAGGAUUUUGUACGAGUGGCGAAGAGGAUUAGAAUAUUGCCGGUUAAGGGGAAUCCAAGGAAGAGAUGAGGAAGAGAGGCAUGGAUGGCAAGUGUUUUUGCUGUUUACGUGGAAAAUCUUGUAUCAGAGGAAAUUAAACUUUGUUUUUACUAAUACUUAAAAAAAUAUUUUUAACUAUGAUUAUUAAUUUUCUGAUUAAAAAUGUCCAUCCAACUUUACCGUA